CACUAUUUCUGAAUUUCGCCUUUCUGACACCGUCGUCGAAUUCGAAGUAAAAAAAAGAAAGAUAAAAGGCCUUUCGAAGGCUAAAAGACAACUCACGUCAAAAGGGGUUAAUCCUUCAAAUAUAUAUACAAAAGAAAAAACAGUAAUUGCAGACAAUUAGUCCUUGGAAAGUGGAAAACUUUCUCCACAACGGUUCGUCUAGAGAUUGGCGUGGCCUUGAACAAACCCCCUCAAUACCCUCUUACGAUUCAUCCACACAAAUUUCAGUAAAGACCCAGUUGCAUUUUCGUCUUCGUUAGUUACCCAGUUGCACAGGAAGACUGUUGAUCCACUCUUCUCGCAUUUCUGAUCUGGGACAUGUGAGAAAUCAAGUGGUCAUCCUUUAGAGGAAGCUAUUCAAGCAAGUGGUUCUUCAUCCGUUCAUGGGGAUUUGUUUAGUGUAAGCUUCUCUUGAUAUCUAGCGUUACUUAGUGAACUGGGAUUAGAACUAUUGUGUUUUGAAUUCUUUAUAAAAAAUUUCGUCAUCCUUAUUUCUUUAUUCUUUAUACAAUCAAUUAUUUCUAGAAACCUAAUGAAUUAUACCACGCCAGGAAGAGUGCAAUCAAAUUAACUACAUAUUGAUUGGUAAUAUAUAAACAAGAAAAGGGCUUCCAUGGCUACUGAGGGAAGUCCCAGGACUGAUAUCUCAACAGAUGGGGACACAGAUGAAAAAAGCCGGAGGCCUGAUAGAGGCCAACUUGCUCUUACUAUGGCUUCUGAUUCUAGUGACAGAUCAAAGGAUAAGACUGAUCAGAAGACUCUUCGGCGGCUAGCACAAAAUCGUGAGGCUGCAAGGAAAAGCCGUUUGAGGAAAAAGGCAUACGUUCAACAACUAGAAAGCAGUCGAUUAAAGUUGACACAACUUGAGCAGGAGCUUCAGCGAGCACGACAGCAGGGAAUUUUCAUAUCAAGCUCGGGUGACCAGACCCAUUCAAUGAGUGGAAAUGGGGCCAUGGCAUUUGAUGUAGAAUAUGCCCGAUGGCUUGAAGAUCACAACCGUCAAUUGAACGAAUUGAGAUCGGCUGUUAACUCACAUGCAAGUGACCCGGAAUUGCGUAUUGUUGUCGAUGGCAUCUUGGUUCAUUAUGAUGAGCUCUUUAGGCUCAAGGGAAAUGCAGCAAAAGCUGACGUUUUCCACUUAUUAUCAGGCAUGUGGAAAACACCUGCAGAAAGAUGUUUUCUUUGGCUUGGGGGUUUUCGUUCAUCCGAGCUCUUAAAGCUUCUUGUAAAUCAACUGGAGCCUCUAACAGAGCAGCAGUUGGUGGGAAUCACAAACUUGCAGCAAUCAUCACAGCAGGCAGAAGAUGCAUUAUCACAAGGGAUGGAGGCCUUGCAACAGUCCCUGGCAGAGACAUUAUCGAGUGGAGCUCUUGGUUCCUCUGGUUCGUCAGGGAAUGUCGCAAACUACAUGGGUCAAAUGGCCAUGGCCAUGGGUAAACUAGGGACCCUCGAGGGCUUUAUACGCCAAGCCGACAAUCUACGACAACAGACACUUCAACAAAUGCACCGAAUAUUGACAACUCGUCAGUCUGCUCGUGCACUUCUCGCCAUACACGACUACUUCUCCAGACUACGUGCUCUUAGUUCGCUCUGGCUUGCUCGUCCCAGAGAGUAAAAGAACUUCUCUGUUUAGUUUAACCAAAAGCUAGUUUUGGUGACACUGCAGAGACAUCAAAGGAGCAGUUAAGGUAACACCCAUUUUGUAUCAAUUCAUUGGCAAUGCCUGCCUUUCUUCUUGGAACUGAGCUCUGUCACAAAAAAUAAUUUGUUUGUAAUUUGGUGUUUUAGGUGUUCUUGUUACAUCUGUAUAAAUAUUGAUACAAACUAACUCAAACUUCCAUUGUUUCUCAAGUAAAUUAAUAAUAGUUCUAUAAAACCA